AUGAACCGCCCUUCGGGCCUCCUCUCUCUCGACGAUGACGUCCUCCUCGCGAUUUUCUCCUUCCUGAAUUCCAACGCGGCGCUGUCCACAGCUUCAACCUCUCAACGCGCCUACAGACUCGCGAUCUCUAGCUUCUUCGCAGAUAUCUACUUUGGCAGAAGAUUCGAUACAGAUGAACAGGAUGGCUCCGAAUCGCUUGGCCUGUCGCGCUACAUGCGCGCACCCGAACCAUUGUCCCAAGUGCCCCGCAUUCGACACCUCCGCCAUUUUAUCAUCGGUCACGUAAAUGAAGUUGAUCUUCCUCCUCUUUAUGGCCUCCUUUUUGAGGCUUUAAACCUCCGCACCAUCGAAAUUAGGAACAUGGAGUUCUUCAUCGACAACGACGGGCUUGUCACCAAAGCGAUCGGCGCGAUGCACCACCUCGAGCAGGCCGAUUUCGCACAAUGCGGACCUGCAACGGUCUCCGCUUUUCCGGAGCUUUUGUCAAGCCAGAAGCUUACCUCUUUGACACUUUAUUUUGACGAGGACAUUGUCGACCUUCCCACUCUCUUCUUGGGCCUUUCCUCCGCCCCGGGCAUACGCACUCUGGACAUCGCACUCAUCUACCUCCCUAUUGCGCCGCCUAUGCGUCCCUCCCACAAUUUUUCCCUUUCCUCGAUUCGUCACCUUACCCUCACCUCCUUUCCGGGCCCAGUCCCUGCAUACAUCGUCACGCUUUGCCCCAACAUCGAAACACUGUCACUCAGGCUCUUUUCCCGGGAUAAUACCCCCGCUACGUUCUCUAUGUCGGCGGAGGACAGAUGGCCUUCCCAACUGAAAGAGCUCUCUCUUCCGAUACGCAUCACCAUCGCAGAAGACACCGUCCAACGGAUGAAGCCGGUCUCCUGCUUAUCGUUCGGGGGCGAAACCCCGAUCCCCAGCGGAGCGGACUUCGAGGAGUCGGAGGAAGCCAGCGGAUCGGACUCUGAAGAGCAGGAAGCCGGUAGAUCUGACUUUGAAGACUUGCUCCGGCUCUUCGAGACCUUCCGCUCCACCGUCCUCGAACUCCACACGAAAAGCGUUCUCGCCGAGGCGGGCAGAAUGUGGGACACCCUGCGCGGUGCGGCGCCACAGCUCCGCUCCCUCUCGAUCGCCGUGGAGGAUGGCAAAUGCAACGUGCGCGAAUACGUGGAUCCACUCGUCGCCGCCCUCCGAUCGACCUCGCUCAUCUACCUCUCCCUCCACUUCCCACGCCCCAGCUGGAGCGUCGACUUCUCAAGCAUGGCCGAAGUCGACAGCAUCUGCGCCCCCGAGAUCCAACGUGCCGAGACGCUCCGAGCGCUCCCCUUGCGACUCACCGAGGCCGUCCCAUCGCUCCGCGUCCUCGCACUCUCGUCGUGCAAGCUGGGCAGAGUAUUCAACUGGGGGGUAUGCCACGAUCUGGCUGGGCCACGGAUGAUCGCAGAAAUUGGGACAGAGGAGGGGAUUCAGCGGCAGUGGGGACCGGGCAGCGAGUCCCUCAAUGCGCCGAUGCGGAAGAUAAGUGAGCUCGGGGCAGAGUUCCCGCGCGACGAGCGGUGGUGGUGGGUCGAGGGCGAGGGGGCGGCGCGGACGCUGAUCGAGAUUUGGCGGGAGGACGGGGAGCGGGCGCGGGACCUGAUCCGACGCGCGGACUUCGAUCCCGAGAAGAGUCUCGAUGGAUUUUACUCGGACAAGUGUCGCUAUGAACGGUAG